ACCUCUGUCGUGAGCCGCGAAAACGAAACUUUUGGCACGCGCGGUUACUCAGCAGCAUCACGAAGAUAUGGGAGACGUGCAGAAAAAGCUACAGGAGCUUUCCGAUAGCUAUCAGAAUCUUCAAGCAGAGCUUUCGACGGCUGUAGAAGCACGGCAGCAACUCGAGUCCCAACAGCAGGAGAAUACUACAGUGCAGAAGGAAUUCGCCAUUCUCAGUGAUGAUGCAAACAUCUACAAGCAGAUAGGACCAGUGCUACUGAAGCAGGACAAGACAGAAGCUGUGAUGGCAGUAAACGGGCGCCUGGAAUUUAUCGAAAACGAGAUCAAGCGAAUUGAGAAGCAGAUCACAGACAUUCAAACCAAGAGUGAGAAGUUCAAGAUGGAGAUCAUCCAGAUACAACAAGCGGCGCAGCAAUCACAGCAAGCAGUAGCAUCAUAGUGCAUUCAUGUAGACAAAACUCAAAAUAAGAUACCCAAUUCGAUUGCAUUGGUCAACCAAG